AGAGAGCGAGAGAAAUCAGGCGAGCGGAGUCACGAAGAAGCCCGCAGGAGGAUGCGCUGUUAGCUAAAGAAGCUCAAUAAAUAAACUAAUUUAUCCGCCGCUGACAGCGUCAACAUGAAGCUGUAUUGUCUCUCUGGUCAUCCGACGUUGCCCUGCAAUGUCCUCAAGUUCAAAUCCACCACCAUCAUGCUGGACUGUGGGCUGGACACCACCUCCGUCCUCAACUUCCUGCCCCUUCCUCUCGUGCACAGUCCACGACUCUCCAAACUGUCUGGCUGGGUCUCUAAGGACGGAUCAAUAAACUUGGAGAAGGAGCUGAAGGAGUGUGCAGGACGAGUGUUUGUGGACUCUCAGCCAGAGUUUUGUCUCCCUGAGAGAGAACUGCUGGAUCUGUCCACCAUCGAUGUCAUCCUCAUCUCAAACUACCACUGUAUGAUGGCGCUGCCGUACAUCACCGAACACACCGGCUUCACGGGGACCGUGUACGCCACCGAGCCCACCCUGCAGAUCGGCAGACUGUUGAUGGAGGAACUGGUGAACUUCAUGGAGAGAGUUCCCACGCAGUCUGCCACCUGCUGGAAAAAUAAAGAAAUACAAAGGAUGCUGCCUGUGCCGCUGAAGGACGCGGUGGACGUGUGGACGUGGAAACGAAGCUACAGCAUGCAGGAGGUCAACUCUGCUCUCAGCAAAGUGCAGCUCGUCGGUUAUUCACAGAAAGUGGAGUUGUUUGGAGCGGUGCAGAUCUCCCCGCUGAGCUCCGGUUAUUCUCUGGGAAGCUCCAACUGGAUCAUUCAGUCUCAUCACGAGAAAGUUUCCUACGUGUCGGGUUCAUCGCUCCUCACCACACAUCCACAGCCGAUGGACCAAAGCUCCCUGAAAAACAGUGACGUUCUGAUUCUGACCGGACUCACCCAGAUGCCCACCGCCAACCCAGACGGCAUGCUGGGAGAAUUCUGCAGCAACCUCGCCAUGACGAUUCGAGCAGGAGGCAACGUGUUGGUGCCGUGCUACUCGUCGGGGGUGAUUUACGACCUGCUGGAGUGCCUGUACCAGUUCAUCGAGAGCGCCAACCUGGGGACCACGCCCUUCUACUUCAUCUCUCCGGUCGCCAACAGCUCGCUGGAGUUCUCACAGAUCUUUGCCGAGUGGCUUUGCCACAACAAGCAAACAAAGGUGUAUCUUCCAGAGCCUCCGUUCCCUCAUGCAGAGUUGAUCCAAACCAACAAGCUGAAGCACUAUCCGAGCAUCCACGGAGACUUCAGCAGCGAGUUCCGUCAGCCGUGCGUUGUCUUCACCGGACACCCGUCUCUGCGCUUCGGGGACGUGGUUCACUUCAUGGAGCUGUGGGGCAAAUCCAGCCUCAACACCAUCAUCUUCACUGAGCCGGACUUUUCUUACCUGGACGCUUUGGCUCCGUACCAGCCACUGGCCAUGAAGUGCGUUUACUGCCCCAUCGACACGCGACUCAACUUCCACCAAGUGUCCAAGCUGCUCAAGGAAGUCCAGCCCCUCCACGUGGUGUGUCCGGAGCAGUACACGCAGCCUCCGCUGAGUCAGUCCCACCGCUCUGACCUGAUGCUGGAGCUGCAGCCUCCUCCCAUGCCCUACAGGCGUUGCUCCGUGCUCAACCUGCCCUUCAGACGCCGCUACGAGCGCGUCUACAUCCUGCCCGAGCUGGCCAACUCUCUGGUGCCAUCGGAGGUUAAACCCGGCGUUUCGUUGGUGAAUGUGUCUGCAGUGCUGCACUCAAAGGACAACAAACACACUCUGCAGUCGGUGCCUAAACCGCCUCCAGUGCCUCCCAGUAAGAAGAGGAAGCGUCUGAUGGAGGAGCCUCCGGCGGGGCAGGCCCCCAAACCCCUGCUGAGCGGCGCUGUGCCCCUGGAAACGUUCCUGCUCACGCUGCAAAAGCACGGUAUCACGGAGGUCAAAGUGGAGGAGACGGCAGAUGGACACAUCCUGCACCUGCAGGCGGAGGACACGCUGAUUCAGCUGGAGGAGGACGGGACGCACAUCGUCUGCGACAACAACGAGCCGCUGCGGACCACGCUGCGAGACCUGGUGCUGCGCUUUCUGCAGAAACUCUGACCGGAAUCCUUUUCGUGCCUCCUCGUGGUUACAGUGUUUGUGCUUUAAUGAACUGUGGAUCGUAAAAAGAGAUGAUGGAGGAGGACGUGAGCCGUGAGCUGGACUGUCCCCGCCUCGGUAACUGCAGCAGUUACUGUAGUUUUUACUGUAAAGUCCACUUAAAUUUUGUAAAAUAGUAUUUUGUAUUAAAAUGUUUUUUUUAAA